GCCUGUGCACAGGGGACCGACACGAACGCAAAGAAGGGAAUAGUCUCAGAGGCACCAUGACAGGAAAGGAUGGGGCUGUUUUGUCGGAAAGUUUGAACAAAUCAAAAUCGCUGUGUGCCACCGAGAACAGGGGAAAUAGCAAUCCACAUCUGUCAAAGAGCAGCAUCACACAUCCGCCAAAAUGCACGGGUUUCGGCAUCCAGGAGAUCCUGGGACUAAAUAAAGAGCCAUCCUCCGCCCCACGGAGCACACUGGACUCCUUCCCUGCCGGGGCGCACCUUCUGGCCAGCAGGUCGAUGCUCGGUCCAGCUGGUGUCGGUGUUGGGGUCGGGAUGGGAUUAAUUGGCCCUGGAGGUAUUCCGUCUUUCUACAGCCAGCCCGCGUUUCUGGAGGUGCUAUCAGACGCGCAGAACGUGCACCUCCAGCCGCUCAGCAGGACGGUGGGGCCGCUGGAACAUAACCAGUCUGCCAGCUCAGAUUCAGAUGAUGUCUCUUCAAGUGAAAGGAAAAUGUCAAAGUCUUCACUGAGCCAGAGCAAGAAGAGAAAAAAGAGACGACACAGAACAAUAUUUACAUCUUACCAGCUGGAAGAACUGGAGAAAGCUUUUAACGAGGCUCACUAUCCGGAUGUGUACGCCAGAGAAAUGCUGGCCAUGAAAACCGAGCUGCCCGAGGACAGAAUACAGGUGUGGUUCCAAAACCGGAGGGCCAAGUGGAGGAAGCGUGAGAAGUGUUGGGGUCGCAGUAGCGUGAUGGCGGAAUACGGGCUCUACGGCGCCAUGGUGCGCCAUUCCAUCCCUCUGCCCGAGUCCAUACUCAAAUCUGCUAAAGAUGGCAUCAUGGACUCCUGUGCCCCCUGGCUUCUAGGGAUGCACAAGAAGUCCUUGGAGACGGCUGGGCACCAAUCAAACGAGAAGUCAGAUGUCACUCAGAAACCGACCAAUCCCAAGCCGGAUGAGGCCGAGGCUGAGGAAAGGAGGACAGAGUCACCAAUGUCCAAAGAGGAACUGAGGGAGAACAGCAUUGCUGCUCUCAGGGCAAAAGCACAGGAGCACAGCGCCAAAGUGCUGGGAACAGUUUCCUCAGAGAGACUAGAGCAUAACAUGGAGACGACGGCGACAGAGGAGAAGUCCAGCGAACAGAUAGACGCAAAAGAAGAGGAAAAGAGCUCUUAGAUCAUGCACUGUAACAGCAUGAAGCUUAGAAAAUAUCUGGGCUGUUUUCUCAUCCUCAACACUGGACUUUUAAUUCUUCACUUUAGCAGGUCAACAGCAUUUAGAAAUGUACAGUAUUUUGAUAGUAGAAUUGGUUCAUACAUGCAGCAGGUUGAUAGCCUUUUUUAAUAGAGGCCUACAAAAAUCUCAGCCAUAACUUCUUGCUAACACUCUGAUCCUAGUUUUCAGGCACUUUUGUUAUGAGCCAUGUACAGAUCAUCAUUCAAAUGAAGAAACCGAAAGAUAUGAGACUGCACAACAUUUGUUUUGAGCAUUUGAGAUUGAUUUACAGCAGCUGCUUCAGUAUUUCAAACACUUGACAUGGCUUUUG